CCCUUCCCAACCCUACCCCCACCCCUCCCUCCGUGGCCCCCCCUUCCCCUAAAGUGAGUGAGACGGGCAGAUGGAGGAGGGACUGUAAUGGCGGCGGCCGGCAGCUCCCUGCUCUGACCCACGGCAGGCACACAGCAACGACCCCUUCCCCGUCCCUCUUCUGGCCGGCCUCCGCCCCGCCGCCAGCGCGGGGCCACCCUUUCCAGCCCUUCCCCCAGCUGUCGGCGUCUCGCCCUGCGCCCCGGCCGGGGCCCCACACACAAUGGACGAGCUUGCCGGAGGCGGUGGUGGCGGCCCCGGGAUGGCGGCCCCUCCCCGGCAGCAGCAGGGACCUGGGGGGAACCUGGGCCUUUCGCCAGGGGGGAACGGAGCAGCGGGCAGCGGGGGUCCUCCGGCCUCCGAAGGAACGGGUCCCGCGGCAGGCCCCGAGCUGUCCCGGCCGCAGCAGUACACUAUCCCGGGGAUACUGCACUACAUCCAGCACGAGUGGGCUCGGUUCGAGAUGGAGCGGGCGCACUGGGAGGUGGAACGGGCCGAACUGCAGGCCCGGAUUGCAUUUCUACAAGGAGAAAGAAAAGGUCAGGAGAACUUGAAGAAGGACUUAGUAAGAAGAAUAAAGAUGUUAGAAUAUGCAUUAAAACAAGAAAGGGCAAAAUAUCACAAAUUAAAAUAUGGCACAGAACUGAACCAAGGUGACUUGAAAAUGCCAACCUUUGAGUCAGAAGAAACCAAAGACACAGAGGCUCCCACAGCACCUCAGAAUAGCCAGUUAACAUGGAAGCAAGGCAGACAGCUUUUAAGACAGUAUCUUCAGGAAGUAGGUUAUACAGAUACAAUAUUAGAUGUACGGUCUCAGCGGGUAAGGUCAUUACUUGGACUGUCUAAUUCAGAACCAAAUGGAUCAGUAGAAACAAAGAAUUUAGAACAGAUCCUAAAUGGAGGUGAAUCUCCUAAGCAAAAAGGACAAGAAAUAAAAAGGCCCUCUGGUGAUGUUCUUGAGACAUUCAAUUUCUUAGAAAAUGCUGAUGAUAGUGAUGAAGAAGAGGAAAAUGACAUGAUUGAAGGCAUCCCAGAAGGAAAAGACAAACAUCGAAUGAAUAAACACAAAAUAGGUAAUGAAGGUUUAGCUGCUGACCUAACUGACGAUCCUGAUACUGAGGAAGCACUGAAAGAAUUUGAUUUUUUAGUGACUGCUGAAGAUGGUGAAGGAGCUGGAGAAGCACGGAGUUCGGGGGAUGGCACAGAAUGGGAUAAAGAUGACCUCUCCCCAACUGCUGAGGUUUGGGAUGUAGACCAGGGACUAAUAAGUAAACUGAAGGAACAGUACAAGAAGGAACGAAAGGGGAAGAAAGGGGUGAAGAGGGCCAACAGGACAAAACUCUACGACAUGAUAGCUGAUCUGGGAGAUGAUGAGCUGCCCCACAUCCCUUCAGGAAUCAUUAAUCAGUCUAGGUCAGCCUCUACUAGAAUGACUGAUCAUGAAGGUGCAAGAGCAGAGGAAGCUGAACCAAUAACGUUUCCAUCUGGAGGAGGCAAGUCAUUUAUUAUGGGUUCUGAUGAUGUUUUGUUAAGUGUACUGGGCCUUGGAGACCUUGCAGACUUGACGGUAACAAAUGAUGCAGACUAUAGUUAUGAUUUGCCUGCCAAUAAAGAUGCCUUUCGAAAGACAUGGAAUCCCAAGUAUACACUACGUAGCCAUUUUGAUGGAGUACGGGCAUUAGCUUUUCAUCCUGUAGAACCUGUGCUGGUUACUGCUUCUGAGGACCAUACCCUGAAACUUUGGAACCUGCAAAAAACAGUUCCUGCCAAAAAGAGUGCCUCUUUAGAUGUAGAGCCUAUCUACACAUUUAGGGCCCACAUUGGCCCUGUUCUGUCCUUAGCUAUUAGUUCUAAUGGAGAACAGUGUUUUAGUGGUGGUAUUGAUGCAACCAUCCAAUGGUGGAAUAUGCCGAGUCCCAAUGUGGAUCCGUAUGAUACAUAUGAGCCAAAUGUUCUAGCUGGCACUUUAGUUGGUCAUACAGAUGCAGUUUGGGCUCUUGCUUAUAGUGGCAUAAAAAAUCAAUUACUGUCUUGUUCAGCAGAUGGCACUGUUAGAUUAUGGAAUCCACAAGAAAAAUUGCCAUGUAUUUGCACUUACAAUGGAGAUAAAAAGCAUGGAAUACCUACAUCAGUUGACUUCAUAGGCUGUGAUCCAGCUCAUAUGGUAACCUCUUUCAACACUGGUAGUGCAGUAAUUUAUGAUUUGGAAACAUCACAGUCAUUGGUGAUACUUUCAUCACAGGUAGAUUCUGGUUUACAAUCUAAUAAUCAUAUCAACAGAGUAGUAAGUCAUCCCACACUUCCUGUUACAAUAACUGCUCAUGAAGAUAGACACAUCAAAUUUUUUGACAAUAAAACGGGUAAAAUGAUCCAUUCUAUGGUAGCUCAUUUGGAUGCUGUUACAAGUCUAGCAGUAGAUCCUAAUGGAAUCUAUUUGAUGUCUGGAAGCCAUGACUGUUCUAUCAGAUUAUGGAAUUUAGACAGCAAGACAUGUGUGCAAGAAAUAACAGCGCAUAGAAAGAAAUUGGAUGAAUCAAUUUAUGAUGUUGCUUUCCACCCAUCAAAAGCAUAUAUAGCUAGUGCAGGAGCUGAUGCCCUUGCCAAAGUAUUUGUAUGAAUCAACAAAAACUUGCAUCAUAACAAGAUAUGCUUGGACAGAAAGAGGGUCUGCAUCACUGCCAUCAAAAGGGUUACUUAUAUGACACUACAUGUGAUCUGCCUGGUGAAGGCUGUUUGGGGCAGGCACAGAUUGGUGGAAAACAUCUUAAUGUCAAGCUCAUUAAUUUAACUGUAAUUACUGUAUUUUGUGGGACAAAAAAAAAAGGACUCCAGUAUUUGUGGCCUGUACUGGAUAUGAACUGAGCGUAUGUCUGUUUAUAGGUGUCUUUAAGCCAAUGUGGAGUCUGAUCUUUCAAAAAAGAUUAUAUAUUUUUUUUUUUUUGACUCUGUGUGCUGCCUUAGGGUUAGGAAUGUGGUGCUCUUGUUGGGGGAAGUGAGCUCCAAGAGUAGCUUUUUUUCACCUCUUAGUGAUCUUCUGUUCAUCAGUUGAAUGCCACAGAUUCCCCUUUAAACUUAUUUUGCUUUAAAAAAAAAAGAAAAAGAAAAUUUAACUUAAAAUAUUUUAGCAUUAGUUGCACAAAAUGUUUGGAUAAAAUUCUAGUUUUUAUAAGUCUUUUUAUAUAUUUAGCCUGUCACAACAGUGCUCAAGAUUGUAUUGAAGUUUUUCUGCAUUAUAUAACCCUAAAACACAGAGAUCUCACUGACCAGCUGCCCUGUAACCACUUUCUUUCCUUCUUCUGCCUAAUACAGCUCAGCUAAGUCUUUCCAUAAAGAUGCUAAAUAACGUUCAUCAUCACAUAAAUGUCUUCAUAAACCAAGGACUAUUAAGUGUAUUAAAAUGAAACAGUGGGGUUUAGUACUCCAAAUGAACUCUUAAAGAAAAAAACUAAUCUUGGCAUCCUAUCACUAUGUGAUAUUUUGUACAUCUUACUGUAUUUACAAGUUUAUUUAUCAAGGAUUAUCCAUCUUGCUAAUGGCCUAUUAUUUAUUUCACUUUUUGUUGGUCUUUAUAUCCUUUUAUUAAUGUGCUAAAGGAACCUGUAUAUCUAUUUUGGAACUCUUUGAAUAGUCUAAAAUAGACUAAAAAUAGAAUAUUUUAUAGUUUAAAUUACAAACCAAGGUGGUUCCCCUAAGAUACUUAUCUUGGUUUACCAUGAUUCCAAGCAAAACUAACUUGUUCAAAAAUAUUUGGAGUAAAAUUUUAUUUGCAUUACAAAUAGGAUACAAAAAUAGUUGAAUCAGGAUACAGAAAUCUGCUGUGUUUUGACUAGUUAUCCCUGUUUUAUUUUUUUAGAUGUGCUUAAUUUUAUGGUGUAAUUAAAGAUUUUGUUUGUGUAAUGCAUGAUUAAGACAAUAAAGUAUUUUUUCUAGUCUUCCGAGAAACUUUUCUGAUCAGUUUGCGAGUUUUGAUGAGUUUUGUAAGGUUUUUGUUUUACAGACUAUGAAUCAGCAAAUUUUUAAGAUUGUACCACAUAGUAAACGUACAGCUGUUGAAAAAAUAAUGUAUAUAAAAUGCAUAUAAUAAAUAUUAAAUUGUGUACCUGUAUGUUACUGUUGGCUACAUCAUUUUGUGCUGAAUAAUAAAGUGCAAUACUUUACUCUCCAUAAUUAAACCAGGAAAUGGAGAUUUCUUAGUCCUUCAUUUUUAUGCUGUUCUUUUAAACUUUACUACUUAUCGAUAUUAUAAUAAGAGUAGAUCAGUAACACUAUUAAUAAUGUGCAAGUAUUUCACCUAACUUAAAGAUUUUUUAAAAGCUUCCAUUAAAUUAUGGAAUUCAGCAUAACCCCCAAAAAUGCACAGAUUCAGUUUUAAAUAAUUUGCUUAGACAUCCUGUUACUUUAUUAAAUCUGAAUUUCAGUUCAUGGCAGUGUUGUUCCUAUUUGCCAUACCUGUUUCCACAAAAAAAA